AUGCUGCGUCUCUGGACUCUUUCCGGUGAAAGCAUUACGUGCCCGGUGGAGGAGCUGGAGGAUGUGAAGGCCUUAAAACGGCUGCUUCAUGACCUGCAUCAGUUUCCCCCACGGUUUCGGCAAAGGAUCCUUAUCGAUGGGAGAAACCUCGAUGACUCUGCUAAACUGGACCCAUCCGUCGAUGCGACUGUCGUUCUGCAAGCCUUGCAAAAACCAUCCCAAUCAGAAGCAGACAGUCUCGCGGCUGCAGCAGAAUGUGGCUCGUUGAGCAAAGUGGAAGCCAUACUGCAACUCCCUCAAGACCCCGACGCACCUGAUCGGAGUGGCGGCAGACCAAUUUUCAUUGCAUCCUUGCACGGUCACAUUGAAACUGUGCGUUUGCUGCUGGAAGCGAAAGCUGACAAAGACUCAGUUGACCAUAACGGCGCCACAGCUCUCAUGGGGGCGUGUUGCAGAGGUCACUUGGAAGUUGCUCGUUUGCUGCUCGAAGCUGGAGUUGACAAGGAUGCCGCGGGAGUUGAUGACGGUAUUACUGCCCUUAUGCUCGCUGCUCUUGGUGGGCACACAGAGGUGCUGCAGCUUCUCAUUGAAGCUUCUGUUGACAUCGACACUAGGGACAAUCGCGGCGACACGUCUCUCAUGCAUGCAGCCAUCCGCGGCCACUUUGACGCUGCCUGCGUCCUCUUAGGGGCCGGCUGUAGCAUCGACGCUUGCAACGGCAACGGCCACACAGCUCUUCUGAACGCAUCCGUCACAGGCCACAAGGACGUUGUGCGGUUGUUGCUGGAGCUGCGAGCUGACUUAGAGGUCGUCGACGUCGAAGGCAUGACAGCUCUCACAUCAGCAGCCCUUACCGGUCAACUUGAAGUUGUGGCUCUGUUGCUUGAGGCAGGCGCUGACAAGAACUCUACGACAGCUAAUGGGCACAGUGCUCUCAUGAGAGCAGCUGUCAAGGGCCAAACGGAUAUGGUGCGGUUGUUGGUUGAGGCUUCUGCCGACAAGGACACGGUCGAUGAUGGCGGAUGUACCGCUCUCCAUUUCGCAGCUAACUACGGCCAUAAGGAAAUUGCAGCGCUGUUGCUGAAGGGGGGCGCCGACAUGAACGCUGCGAACAACGAAGGGAAUACCCCUCUCAUGAGAGCAAUUAGCAUCGGCCACUUUUCCAUAGUCCGAGUGCUCCUUCAGGCGAAAGCAGACAUGGACGCCAGAAACAAGAGUGGAUGCACGCCUCUCAUGCUUGCGUCUCUCGUGGGCGACUACAAGGCCGCUUACUACCUGUUGGAAGCAGGGGCCUCGAAGAAUUUGACCAGAGACGAUGGGGCAACAGCUCUUUUCAUCGCAUCGCUGCAGGGAAGUGCAGCAGUCGUACAGGUGCUGCUGAACGCUGGUGUUGACACGGACAUUGCUCUGAAGAAUGGCCUCACAGCAUUGAUGAUUGCCUGCUCCGAAGGGCAGAUACUCAUUGCGACCCUUCUCCUGGAAGCUGGGGCAGACAAGGAUGCAGUUGAUGACAAAGGCUUCACAGCUCUUGAUAUCGCAUCAUGGCACGGCCAUGCAGAAGCAGUUCGCUUGCUGUCGGAGGCCAGCGUCGACCAGAAGCCUGUCAGUAGAGCCGUCGGAGCUCUUAGCAUGCGUGCACCUGGCCCAAGCAGCGACCAGGAAAUCUUCUGGCAAAUGGCUGCAAUGUGCGGUGCUGGGUUUUGCAUUGUGGCAUUGCUCGCUAUACCCUUCUACAGCCGACUGCAGAGACUGAGACGUCCCUCGUAA